AUGAAAAACAUAUUUUCUAAUUUAUUAAAGAAUUUAGUCAUAAAUUUUACUUUUAUUUUGCUGAUAAUAAAUAUAUCUGGUUUUAAACUAAGAAAUGAAAUUCCAACGAUAGAACAAAACGGAUUAAAAAAUGAACAAGCUAUAAUACCAAUUCAUAAGGUGAUGCCUUAUUUUGGCAAAGAAACUAUAAUAUUAGAAGAUAAUGAAAUAAAAAAAAUAAAUCUUGAGGAUAAUGUUUGCUCAAAUUUAAUUAAAGAUCAUGAAUAUAUAAAUAAUCCAUCGAGUAAAUCGUUCAGUCUUGAAAAUGAAGCCCAUUAUAUCGAUAUAAGGUAUGAAAGGAAUGUAUAUUAUCAUGUAAAAGAAACUUUAAAAAUUUUGAAUUUUGAUGUAUGUAAUAAAGUAUUAAAAAUAAAAAUUCCUAUAACUAAUGAUCUAUGUGAAUAUGAAACUUUUAAUCGUUAUAUUUUAAAAGUAGAAUAUUUAAAAAUCGUAAAAAGUAUGAAACUGCUCCAAGAUAUGUUAAAAAUCGGAAAAUUUGUUUUAGUAAAAAUAGAAGAUGAUUUCAUAUUAAAUACAGAUAUAGCUAAUUUUAGUAAAGAUGAAUAUUUUGUGUUCAGUGGAGAAUUAAAAAAUAAUUUAAUAUCUAUUGAUAUAUCAGAUUUUAUAAUAAAACAAGUAUGUCCUGAAAAUAUUUCCAAAAAAAAAAGUGAUAAUGAUCCGGAAAAAAUAAAUCCACAUGAGAAAAUUUUGGAUAUAAAAAAACAUGUUACAUUUAUUUUUUUAACGUCUCAUUCACUGACUGGUGUAAUUAUUUUUCACGAAUUUGCAACACGCGCCAAUAAUAUAAAACAACAUCAAAAUAUUCGAAAUAUUGUAAAAUUAAAAAAAUCUAUAAAGAAAGAAUACAGAGAUCUAGAAACGUCGUCACCUUGCUAUAACGCAUGUGAUGAUAAACUUUCAUAUCAAUGUAAAUAUAAUAAAUGUACAGAGGAAGAUGCAACCUUUUGUGAUAAAUAUUUUUACAUAAGUUUUAAUGAAUGCUUACCUAUGGCAUGUGAAGAUAUGCUAAAGAAAAAUAUUCCAAGUAAUAAAGAUGAAAACAAUGGAUCUCCGAAGAAAGAUAUUAAAUAUGAAGAAGAAGAAGAUAUAUAUGGAUAUGAAAUGACAAGAAGGGGACGGAACAAAAAAUUGAGUUUAUUUAUGUGGAUAAUAAAUAGUAAAUAG